AUGGCGGCUUUGAAAUCCAACCCGACAAAUGCAAACGCUGUAGUUGGGUUGGCAGCCAUAGCUCUUAAGAAGAGCCUGGACAAUGCCAGUGACACCUACAACUUCGUGAUGAGUCUAAGCAAAGCGGGCCCUGACCCUUCCAUUGAGCCCUCCAGCGAUGUCUGUGCUGAGAGUUAUUCGGAUGCUCUCUUCAAAUUAGUUGAUGCGGUUCCCGCCCUCUCUUCCAGAGCUCUCAGUGACGCCAACACUUUGGUUUCUGCUGCCAUAACUUAUGCCGAUAAAUGCAAGCAGAGCUUCGAGGGGAAGGCUUCGAAUUCGUUGGGUAACAGGAACGACUACCUCAAUCAGCUCUGCACCGUUACCUUGGACAUCACCAAACUCAUCUCUUGA